CUUUACUUCUCUCCUUCGCUCCUCAAGUUUUAACCGGUCUACUUUCUCUCUCUAGCCUUCUGCCAAGUAAGUCCUCCUAGUAUUUUAAUUCUUCCAUCUUUCACUUUUUGACCGGUAGGCUGAAGUCAUGUCUUCCUCUGACUCACAAAAUGUAUCCGGUCAAUCUUAUGGAUCGGGUUCUCAACCCUCUUUCUCAUCUGAGUCUUCUUCUCCCCCUGUCACUCCUUUGAUUCGCCGCCCCUCUCACCAAUCUAAUUCUCAGGCCCGGGAAAUAAUUGCCCAGGACCCUGUCCCUUUGAAUCAACUGCCCGGUCGAUUCAAUCACAAGGUCCUUAGCUGGGAGCAAUGGGAGGAACGACUGGGAUCCUUGGGCUUCCUAGCCCUUGAUGUAAGACCGGUGUUCAAAGAGUCCUCUAGGGUCACCAAAAAGGUUCUGGCCGAGGUCCGUACCAUCCUCCCACCGGGCUACAAAGUCAUUUCCACAACCACCUGGCCCAACAUCAUUGAACCCCACCAGGGAACCCGGUUGGGUUUCCAUAUUGCGUCCCUGGAGGGAGGUAUUAUUUUUCCUCUCCGCCCCCUCCUCGUAGAAAUCUGUAAGAAGUUCAAGAUUCUGCCCGGCCAGCUUACUCCAAAUGCUCACCGGUUCUUGAAUUGUUUUGUAAAUAUAUGUGAAAAUUUGAAAAUCAACCCUUCCCUUUCACUUUUCCUCCACAUGUACGAAGUCUUGCCCGGGACUAGUAACUGCCCGGGCUUCGUCUAUUUCCAUUCCCGCAAUAAGAGGGGGUUUGUGACCGGUCUUCCCCCCAACCAUAAAAGAUGGAAACAAAGAUUCGUUUUUAUUGAGUUUCUCCCUGACCAGUUUCCACUCUCCAACCGUGAGUGGGCUGACCGGGUUAUUAAACCCGAAAGGGUUCACCCGGAGCCCACUAAAGAGCUAGAGGAAGCCUGCGAGAAACUUCUCAAGGGUGAUCCUGUGACCGGUAAGCCAUACGCCUACGGUGGAUGGGUAUACUGGUUACCUAACCCGGAUGGGGACGUGUCUGCGACCCAUGACGCAGGAGAUGACCGGGCUGAUUCCCCGGAUGGUCACGCUGAGGCCGGCUCUCCUCAUCCAGACAUGAACUUCAACAGGAUGACCACCAUCAUUGAGGAUGAUGACGAUGAUGUCCAAGUCCUCAACUCCAACCGGUCUCCUCUCUCCAAGCCUCCCUCUCCUCCUUACUUCCCUGAAAUGGAUGGGGCCACAAGUGCCCGGUGUAGCCCUAUCCANAGAGCCAACCUGGUGGAGGCGAAGAGGAAGUUGGUAGAGCUGGAGGAUGCCUUGGCCCAAGCUGAAGAGACUGCCCGGUCAAAGGAGCAAUCCUUUCCUGAUGAUGCUGCACGAUGGGCGGCCGGGCAUCAUGUCGAGACUGCCCGGUCCAUUCUAGUUGGGCCAGAGGAGACAAUGGCCUUCUUCAAGACCAUGUACAAGGAGCCGGAGGGCAAAAAGAUGAUAACCGAUAUUGGUUCAUAUGGUUUCCAAUGCGGUCAGAAGGAUGAGAGGUCACUCCUCUACUCCAGGCUUCAGAAGAGGGACCCUUCCUUUGACCCGGCCAAAGUGAAGCUCCCGGCCUUGUAUACGGAAGAGCCAGCUCCCCCUUUCCCCUAGAGUAGGUUAGGGUUUGAUUUGAGAAAACUUUGAAUUUUCCCAAGGCCUGGGGGAUGUCCGGCCUACUCCUGACUUGCGUAAUAUUAUCUUUUGUUUUGUAUGGUUUUCAAUUUACCGGCUUGUUUCUUCUUUCAGUUUGCAUGGUUUGAUUCCUUUUUCUCGCUUGCUCAAUACUUCUUGCAUGGUUGUUUUCCUUGUUUGGUCCUUACUUGAAGUUGCAUGGUCAGACUUACCUUUUCUUGAACAUGCUUGGUUUUACUUCCAAGCAGAAAACAAUAACUGGCCUUAUACCUC